GCGGUUUCGCCGGCAGUCGGGAGAGACGAGCGUCCGCGCUUGGAUUGCGUAUCGGAGCGACCGGUCCGCGCGCACAUACGUAAGCGAGGAAUGUAAUCCGCGACCCGAUGACCCAUCCGUUACCCGUGUACGACGCGCUGCAAUUCAGACUACCGAUUCUCGUCCAGGUGAACGAAAGAGUGCGACGGGCGACCGUCGGAACGCCAUAGAAAGCCUGCGGCGGAUCAGACGUCGGUAAUCGAUGGGUUGAGAACGUGAGAUUCGUGGCUUCACCAUCCACCAUCUGCCAUUCACUACCACCAUCAUCUCUCCUCUUCUCUUUUGGAUUUACCAAGGUGCGCAGCUUAUCGAUGAGCCAUGCUGAAGGUGGUCGGAGCCUCGUGGCUGCAGACACGCAUCUCCACCUACAUCCUCGUAGCCGUCGCUCUCCUCGGAAUUGGUGCCAUUAUUCUUGGCGAAUUCGGACACGUUGAAGAUGAUGGGACUUACUCGGCUACAGUAUCGUGGAAUCACAAGGGCGGAUAUCACAUUGACUUCUGGGGCCAAAGCAACGAUCUCGCCAGUGUGAGAUUGAAUGUCGCACGCGCCUAUUACAAGACCAGCAUUUUCGAAUCCGGAUGGUCCAUUAUUGAAAUAGAAACGUCGUCCAAGUACCCGGAUACGGUACAAGCUUACGCGGCUGGUCUGCUGGAAGGCAGCUUGACGUGGCAAUUAAUCCAUCACCAUUGGCACAACACCGUCAACGUUGUCUGCGAGAAACGAGCCGAUGAAUGUCGGAAAUUGAUGCGAUUCCUCCGCGAAAACACCGCCGUCAUCCGGGAACGUGCCGAGCUUUUAGAAGCUACAGAUCCAUUUUGGCACAUGGUGCGGUUAUUCUACAUCCAACUGGAUGGCUUGGAAGCUGGCUGGAGAUUUGCGGUUCGCCGCAGUCGGCAAACAGUGGAAAUGGAUACGGAACAUUUCCUCUGGCUGGCAAUGGCCGCCGAUCUGCCAGAUCUCGAGUUAGCGCCAAACGUUACCGAUUAUACCAAGGGCAUGGUCUGCCUGAAGAACUUUCUCCGCAAUGAGCAGGAACCAUUGAUAGCCAUCGGACACACUACUGCUGCACCAUAUGCUAAGAUGCUGAGGCUUCUGAAGAAGUACACGUUCGGUUAUCAUGUAUUACCAACCUUCAAUACCGUAGCAUUGACACCCGGCAGGUCCAUCGUGAUGUCAUCCUAUCCCGGUGCUCUAUCGUCUCAUGACGAGUUCUAUCUGAUCCAUGGGGAGAAUCGCGAACUAAACGUCGCCGGAAUACCAUUGACGGUUACUCAUGAACGUGAACUAUGGAAUUUCACGAAGGUGAAAGAUCAACAGGUGAUGUCAUCCGUGAAGAUAAUGGCGGCGAAUCGUUUGGCGACGGACAGCCAUACCUGGUUCCGUGUCAUGUUGUUACAAAACGGCAAUGACGCAGCGCGGCAAUGGAUCACUUUGGAGCCGCGUAGUCGAAUCGUUGGACUGAUCGAACAACUAUCAGGAAUUAUCCGCGUCAUGGAUAUCAGCGAGCAGUUCGCCGCGACCGGUGCAUUCUGUUACACUGGCAAAGCUCGUUUGCGCGAAAUCAAGGUAGAAUUGGGUGAGAACGGCACAGACGAUGAGGAUGACGAUGAUGUUACGAGGGACAAGCUAGCCACUAGACUGCAGAGGAACAUCACGACGAUAGAGAGUUUUAGAAGACUGUUGCAGGGAUGCAGCCACAAGGACACCGUUGCAACCACCGCAAUUACUGUUACAGAGGACGGAGAUCAGACAGCACAGAUUCUCGCCUACAGAGGAGAUUUGGAAGAAAACGGCAAUGCAUCGCCGUUCGGCGUGAUUGACGCAAAAAUCAUGCUAGCAGGUGUCGACGGUGUGGAAAGUUUCGAGGCAACUUCUGGUCCCAGCACUCUGGGCUUCAGGAAACCUUUUCGCUGGUCAAAUACUUUCCCCAACGUCUCGCACAUCGGCCAACCAGACGUAUUCGAAUUCGACAACGUCAUUCCUCUGUGGGUCUGGGUUUAAUAGGAUAUUUGUCUCUUGAAAGCAAAAUUUUCAACAUAUCUCAAAAAGAUUGAUCGUUAAAAUGUUGAUUAAUAAAAUGUUUCACAAAAUAUUGGGCUUUGAAUAAAAAUCGUACCUAACUGAUAAUCGCAGUUUGCUAAGAAGAGUUAGUUCUUGUCUCUUGAAAUAUGUAUUUACUAAAUGGUUAAAAUUUUGUAAUCUCAAAGAAACAGCUGGCUCAUAUGUUAACUGUCAACUGUCGUAAAAUUUCUGGAAAAUAAAAAUUAAGAAACUGAUA